AUGUGCAGAAAGCACAGUAGGCCCACUCCCAGAAAACACAAUCCACGUGUACAUACUCCAGGCUCAUGCGCAGCGAGGGUUACAGUCCUUGAUUGAGUUGCAGGUAGACUAUUGAACAAGUG